AGCCAAUUUUUCUAUAAUUAUUGAUUAUUAUUUUUCGACCUCUUAUAAAAACAUAGAUAAGAUGUGUUAAAAUCUUGAAACCAAAAAUUUACAGAUUAACAUCAUCUCCAUCAACAAUGGGAAAUGUUCUAAAGCCUCUCAUAGAAGAUCCUCUCAAAGUCUUCAGCGUCACAGAAUUGAAAAAAGCAACGAAGAACUUCAAAAAAGACAGGGUCGUAAAGGGCGAGGAUGGCUCAGUUCGAACAUUCUACAAGGGCUCCAUCGAUGACACCACAUCAAGAACUAAAACUAGAAUCUCUGUUUCUGUCAUGGAAUGUGUUCAAGAUAGUUUAGAGGCUAUAGAAGCGUGGAAGGAAGAGGUGAAGUCUCUAGGAAAACAUUCUCAUCCAAACUUGGUCAAAUUUUUGGGUUACUGUUGUGAAGAUAAAAAAUCACUAUUGGUGUUUGAAUGCUUGCACAAAGGAACUUUGGAUCAUUACAUUCACGGAAAAAAUGAGGUCUUGUCAUGGGCAACACGGGUUAAGAUAGCCAUUGGGAUAGCACAAGGUGUUGCUUUUCUCCACUCAAUCAACAACUCCUUGCUAUAUUUCGAACUCAGAAUGCAUAACAUUAUGCUUGACGAGGAAUACAAUGCAAAACUGUUUUACCUUGAAACAGACCUAAAAUGUCUGGAAAAUGAAUUGACAGUUGUUAGCGGAAUUGAAUACAUGUCUCCCGAAUGGCUAUGGACAGGCCGUUUUGAAAUGGAUUCCGAUGUUUUCACAUUUGGUAUGAUCUUGCUUGAACUUUUUACUGGUUUGAAAGAUAGAGCCUUGCUUCCGCCUUUAAUUGCUUUGAGAGAUGGUUCAAAAAAAUUGGAGGAUGAAAGCUUAGAUAUUAGGACUAGACUUUUCUUGUUUAACGAAGUAAUCGAUCCUCGGCUUGAGGGUGAUUAUCCUGUGACUGCAGUGAUGCAGAUGGGCACACUCAUCCAAAGAUGCACCGAGGACAGGCAAACACGACCGUCCAUGCAACAAGUUUUGGAUGUUCUGGAUCAUAUUGCGGAGAUUCAUUAGUAUAUAGAUAUGAGUUUAGUUGUUGUUCAAAAAAAACUAUAUAUGAUUUUAGUUUUUCAGUUGUAAACUCUCUUAAAAGAGAUUCGUAGCAUAUGCUAAAAUAUGGUUAACCGAUUUACGAUUUUGCAAAA